CAGAACAGGCUGUCUGGAGCUUCUGAACCAGAGUACAAAAAAAAUAAAAUAAUCAUUGUGCCGGUUCACAUUUCCCCUACGACGCAGCGGCCAUUGCAGCGGCUAAAUGAAGAACUUGUGAGGAUGCACGAGGGAAGGACUCUACCUUUCACUUCGGUGACUUCCCCAGAUGCUUUGGCCCAAAGAAAGAUGGAAAGGAAUGGGAAGAACUUGAGCCAAGGCUGCUGCACAGCACCCAUCGAGUGAGCCAGCAGGAGAUCCUCCAUUCGCCAAGUCGCUGAACCUCUCACCCUUCCCUUUUUGACCCCUUCGAACUACAAGAGCCAUGACCUCUGAGCUGGAGAGUAGCCUGACCUCAAUGGACUGGCUCCCCCAGCUUAGCAUGAGGGCAGCCAUACAGAAGUCCGACGCGGGACACCACCACAGUCACCACCAUGGACACCACCAUCACGGCCUCCACCAUCACGGGCACGGGCCCGGCAAGAAAGUCGUCCACCUGGACCCGGGAACAACGCUGGACCAGGAGGAAGCUGCGCAGCACCGAGACGGUAAACCGCCCUACAGCUACGCCAGCCUGAUCACCUUUGCAAUCAACGGCUCACCGCGCAAACGGAUGACCCUCAGUGAGAUCUACCAGUGGAUCUGUGACAACUUCCCCUACUACCGAGAGGCGGGCAGCGGCUGGAAGAAUUCUAUACGACACAACCUGUCCUUGAACAAGUGUUUUCUCAAAGUGCCUCGCUCCAAAGAUGACCCUGGAAAAGGUUCGUACUGGGCCAUAGACACCAAUCCUAAAGAAGACACAGUACCCAGCAGGCCAAAGAAGAGACCGCGCUCUGGAGAGAGGGCAUCAACUCCUUACAGCCUGGAGUCUGAGUCUCUGAGAAUGGACUGCAUCAUGUCAGGAGGGGCGUCCCCCACUCUGGCCAUCAACGCUGUAACCAACAAGGUAGCACUGUACAACCCCGAGGCAGAAGGCAGCGAGAGUCCUGGUAGUCUGGGCAGCCUGAGCAACAGCCUUUCAGAGCAGAGUUUGGCAUCCGUCAACCUUAACAACCUGAACACCGCCGUCAGCAGCGGCAGCAACGUACACAGCUACACACCAGUGAGUAGCCACUCAGAGCCUUCGUCCCAGUCCCUGAGCCUCCAGCAGCCCGCCCAGCCGCCGCCGCCUCCCCCUCCUCCCCCACAGCCCCAGUACGGUUUGCCCGUCCCGGAGUCACGGGACAAGCAGCUCUGUUUUUCCGACUUUGAGGACCUCAGCUCUUCUUUUCGCAGUCUUUACAAGUGCGUCUUUGAGCAGUCCUUCUCACAGCAAGGUUUGAUGGGUAUGCCUGGCGAUUCAAGCCAGCAGGCCCGGACCGCCUGCUCCUACCAGCACUCUCCUGGUGCGGGAAACGGAGGCGGCGGCCACCAUCACCAACAACACAACCACGGUCAGGCAUCGCACCAUCCCCAUCACCCUCAGCAGCACCUCUCCCCUCACUCCGCCCACAGCCAGCACCAGUCGCACGGUCAGCAUGGCCAACACCAACAGCACCCUGCUCAUUCCCAGCAGCAUCCUUCUCUCUCCCACCAGAGUCACACCGGACAAACCUGCCCCUCAACAGACUGGUACCCCAACCUGGACUGGCUCAAGGAGAGCUGUCGCAUUGCUACCAGCUACAACUGGGCUGACGUAGACCUCUCCCCGUUUCAAGGUCUGAAGGAGAGCAUGCGGCAGGCCGAGCUCAACAACUGGUCGCUGGACGCCGCCCAGAUGGCCGACCUGUGCUCCUCCAUAAACCAGUUCUUCACGGCCACGGGGGUCAUCCCCCCGCAGGGCGCCGCCCACCCACAACCUCAGGUCCCACACCCGACACCACCUGGAGCACCGCAGCACCCGGCUCAGCCACACGGGGCAAUGCACCCGAAGGCCAGCCAGCUCAAUCAGCACGGACAACACAACCAACAUAACCAACACAUCAGCACGGGGAACAUGUACAUCGACUCGAGACAGAGCAUUUCUUCUCUGAUGGGCCCACCAGGAUACCCCCACAUGCCUCCCAUGAGCAACACGGCUCCCACCAUGACAGGUCAUCUCAGCCAGCUGAGCCAGCAGCAGCAACACAGGCUGCCUCUGGGACACUUCCAGGUGAGACGCAUGCUCGCCGCAGACGACAUCCAGGACGACUUUGACUGGGACUCUAUCGUUUAAACUUAGCCGUAGGUGAAGACUGAGAGACUGGAGGUGAGAGAGACACGUGAUGACAGGUGAGGUAUGGAACUAGCCGGCAACCUUUCACCUGUGUGAAAAAAAACAGAAGACAAUCCAACAGAAAGCAAACCGAAAGUCAUUUUUCUGAUCUUGCUGGCCUUUUUUUUGCCCCUGUUACAAGUGGAUGUUGAGUCUAAAGACAAUCAUUCAAAAAAUGAGAUACAGGUUUGGACCAAGCCAAGAUACAAACACGCAUUGUCCAAAGCAAAAAUGGAGUCUGAAGCUCUCUGAAUUGUCUCAUGUUGUGUCCCCCAGUGCCAACAGGGUUACAAGUCGCCAAAGUGUUGUCAAAUCGUCUGUGAAUUGUUUUCUUUUUGUUUUCUUAAAUGUGUUUCCUGCUAAAACUUGUGUGCCAUGUCUGCAAAGUCUCAGCGCCUGUGCCUGAAAUGAAUAGAAACUUUUGUCUUUUUCCAAACUCCCUGCAGAAAAUCAUCUCUCACACACAUUCAACAAACUAUUUCAUCCUUUCCUCCUUGUAACAUCUGUUUGUUCACUCUAACACUGGGCAUCUGUGUGGCUCUUUACAGCUACAGUAAGAAGGAUGAUUUAUGAAGAAGAAAGAAGAAAUGAUGGUGCACCUGUUCAACUUGAAUCAAUGGUGGUUGAAUGAAGCACCACCUGCUGGUUAAAACAGGCACCAUCAUAGCUUCCUUUGCCCCCAAAAAGUUCUAUGCACCACAAUCUGUUCUUUCUUCACAUUUUGUUCUGUCACAUUGGACACCAAGUCUAAACUUUUAUUUUAAGUGUCGUCAUUAAGUGUGUUUGUGUGUGUUGUGUGUGUGUGUGUGUGGAACAGUCCAUGGUGCCGUGUUCUCAGGGUGUUUUCAUUCAUAUACCACGUCAGAUCAACACAAAACCACUACCAUCUCUGUACAUGAGGUUACUGUGUGUUGUCCGGUGACGUCAGUGUUCGCUUCCAGUUGUCAAACAGUGAGCCUCCUGGUGACUGUGGUCAAAAAGUUUCAAAUUUUAAUUUGUCAGCUUAUAAGCUAACGGAUAAAAAAUACUGUGGAAUAAGCUUUCAGUUGCUCAAACAACAAACACUAAAUACAAUGAAAAUGAGAUGCUGGCUAGACUUGGACUUUGUCAACAAUGACAAAAUAUAAUUCAGUGUUUUAAGGUUUUUUUUAUUUUAGGAAAGUGCAGGCAGAGAAGGUCGGCCAUGAUUUCAAGAUGCCUCAUUUAGGAGUCGACGAGCAGUUUUUGCACAAAACCAAACUUCAUAGCAUCUAUUGAACAGAAAUAAAAGAAAACCGUGAACAUUUUAUUUCUUUGUUUCAGAAGACAUUUAAAAAAAAAAAAACAGAUCAGCAAAGGAGCAAAAACUAAACAAAGGUUUUUAAAUGCUCAACUUUUCUUACUGUGAUGUUUAAUUUUGUCUGUGUGUACAAGUGUGUAUAGUCUUCUCUGAUUUCCUUUAGCAAACAGCUCCGUACGGCUCAAAAAAAUAUACAUAAGAAAUAAAAAGUAAUUUGUUUGUAUUAAGUGGGUACAAAGUGACAUUUGGGACCUUAAAGUGCUUUUCUUUUGGAAGAUCUCAGUGAUUGUUCGAAUGGUCUAAACAAGGUCUCAUAUUAAAAAAGAAAAAAAAUACUCUUUAUUAUUGCCAUUAAAUGCUGUAUUACAGUGACCAGCAUAUAUAUCUUGUAUGUUUGUGUGUUGUUGUCCAUGUAAAUAACAGUAUGUUACUCCUAUGUUUGCCCUUGAAAAACACAGACUGAAAAAAAGAAAACAGCAAAUGGAGAGAAAGUAUUUUGUUAUCUGUCCUUCAGGAGACACAGUAUGUACAUAUCUUCAUUAUAUUGUAAAUAAGUGGUAAAAAAAAAUGGCAUUGGCGUUUUGUGUGUUAUAAAUACUCUGUGUAUGGCAGUUUAACAGAUAAAAUCUGUCUCA